UACGAAGCCGUUUGUUGAUACUCGUGCGCGUCUUCUGUUUGUUUGUUCUACCUCGACCUUGUGGGGCUGGCAAAUAGGUUAAUCGAAAAAUUACCCUAUUUCAGCGGUUCAGAAUGGAUGCGGACAAAGUAACGGUGCCGAAAGAUUACACUAUUGGCUUCAUUGGUGGCGGAAAUAUGGCAUUCGCGAUCGCCUCCGGUUUAUUGCAGAAAGGUGUCGUGCAACCCGAUCAAAUCUAUGUGUCUGCUACGAAUCUCGAAAAACUCGAGAAACGAUGGUCCCCGCUUGGGGUAACGCAUACGACAGUUAAUAACGUGGAGGUACUGCAAAAUGCCACAACGAUAUUCAUCUGCAUAAAGCCGCAAGUUCUACCGCAAUUGUGCGAAGAGUUUAAUAUGAAAGUUUGUCCAGAAAACCGUGAGGCAGCAGUACACCAGGUGGCUGUUAGAACUCACGAGAAACUGUUGGUUUCCAUCAUGGCCGGAGUAACACUGAAUCGUUUGCAGGACGAUCUAAAGUGUUUAGAACCAACAAUCUUUGUGCGGGCUAUGCCCAACACCCCAAUGCAGGUUGGUGUCGGAUGCAUUGCAUAUUGUAUCAGACCGUUUCAGAAUGGCACUCCGCAAAUAAAACGCAAUUGUGAAUUGCUGAAAUCCAUGUUCGAUGUCCUCGGAAUUGCCUUCGAAGUUCCGGAAAGCCAAAUAGACGCAAUCACGGGUUUAGCCGGCUGUGGACCGGCAUACGUGUACCAGUUUAUCGAAGCACUUGCAGACGGUGGCGUGAAGCAGGGCAUUCCGCGAGCCAUGGCACUUCAGUUUGCAGCGCAGACAGUGAUGGGAGCGGCGAAAACGGUUCUGGACACGGGCAAACAUCCUGGCGUGCUAAAGGACGAAGUAUGCUCACCGGGUGGUGCAACCAUUCACGGAGUGCACGCACUGGAGCAAGGCGCAUUGCGCAGUACGGUUAUGAAUGCUGUCGAGAAAGCUACGGAAAGAGCUCGUAACCUAUCGUAGUGUGCCGUGAAAAUCAUGAUUAUUUCAAUUCAGCCAAUAAUAUAAUAUAGCCUUACUCGGGCCUGUUGCUACGGUCUAGCCGAAUGCAGCUGAGUAUCACAAUAAAGCAUAGUUUAUGGAGCAGGUGUC